GUAGGGACCACCAUCUCAGUGCUAUUACUCCUUCUCUUCUCUACUUACCAUGCUUCUCAGGAUUCGUUCAAAAGAUGGAAAUUUUCGCUUCGAGUUCCAACCAACAGCCGACAUCACUGAAUUGCUGAACAAGAUACUGGAGACGUCGUCCGAUGCAGAUCCACAGACUAUCACCGUGUCGAAUCAACCUCGCGGCAAUGACGUACCGAUCCUGACUUUGAAGGGGCGGACUUUGAAGAACAUCGGCCUCAAUCACGGCGAUCUCAUCUUUGUGAAUUACCAAGCCAAGGCAGCGGCGUCCACGGCUGCAGAAACACCAAUACAAAGUGCUCAAACCAGCUACCAGCUGAAGUCGAGUGAGAAAAGACCUUGGGAAACAGUUCAAGAGGAUUCCGUUGAUGUCUAUUGGCGCUCUCAUGACGGUAAAAUUCCAAGAGGACGUGAUACCCAGUUUUGUAAACAUGGUGCCAGAGGCAUGUGCGACUACUGUAUGCCCCUCGAGCCUUACGAUGCAGCGUAUCACAAGGAGCAUGCUAUCAAGCAUCUUUCCUACCAUGCCUAUCUGCAGAAAAUAACCCCGAAAACGACGCCUUCUGCAGCUUCGUCUUUACCGUCUCUCAGCCCGCUCUCUUACAAGGUGAAGACACCAUGCUCAACAGGUGCACAUCUUCCGUGGCCUUCUGGAAUAUGUACCUAUUGUCAGCCUUCCGCCAUAACUCUUCAAUCUCAGCCUUUUCGGAUGGUCGACCAUCUCGAGAUCGCUUCUAUGGACAUUGUGGAUAGAUUUCUCCAGGCGUGGCGAAUGACGGGGUUACAACGCUUCGGAUGGAUGAUUGGCCGUUACGAGCCAUAUGAUAAGGUGCCCAUGGGAAUCAAGGCUGUCGUGGAGGCUAUCUAUGAACCACCCCAAGAAGGCGAGUUGGAUGGUUUGACCCUCGGUCUACCUUGGGAAGAGGAAACCCGUAUCAAAGAGCUCUCGGCUUCUGCGACCACUCCGCUAACUGUUGUUGGGUAUAUCUUUACCGACCUUGAUCCAACGGAGGAGGAUCGAACGAAGAACGUAUAUAAGAGACACCCAGGCUCCUUUUACCUAUCCUCACUAGAAACAAUAUUUGCGGCCACGAUGCAAAAUUCCAAUCAGACACCAUCUAAAUCUUCGCCUACUGGUCGAUUUUCGUCGCGCUUGGUGACGGCAGUAUUGACUGGAACGGAAGAUGGACAGGUUGACGUUUCUGCAUACCAGGUCUCCGCACAAGCCGAGGCCAUGGUUGAGGCUGACAUGAUCGAGGCUAGUGUCGAUCCUGGUAUAGUCAGAGUUAAAGAAGAGGAUCGAAGUCAAGAAACAGCUCGAUAUGUUCCUGACGUUUUUUUUUCUUACAAGAACGAAUACGGAUUGGAGGUCAAAAAGAGCGCCAAACCAGCCUUUCCCGUGGAAUAUCUUUUGGUCAAUGUGACACACGGGUUCCCGCAAAACCCGUCCCCAAUGUUCCAAUCGACUCAAUUCAAGAUUGAGAACCGACCUGGAUUGGAAGAUCAACAAAUAGAACACGUUCUUUCUACCCUCCAUUCGUUGGGUGCCCCAGAUAUCUCCGAUAGUAAACACUUACAACCAGGCCGAGCCCACAAAACAUUCGAGUUAGCUAAAUGGCUAAGUGAUUGGCAUCUGGUCGCUUUUUUAGGUACAACCCAGCUCUUUUCACCGGAGGAUAUGAAGAUACUCAUGCGUACUGUAACCUCACCCACCUUGCUGGAGGACGUCAGCCAGUUGGACCCUUUAUUGACCACCGAGGGCUGGCAUACCCUCAUGACGUUUACACGGGAGAGCGCUCCUCGACCGAACAUCGCUUCAACACCUGCCGCAAUGGAUGAAGACAUCCCGCAGGACGUGUUGGACCAAAUUGCGGCCGCAGAGGCUGCUUCAGGGGAAGACAGCGGAAGAGGAUCUGGGCAUGUAAGCAGUACUAGAACCUGUCCCCAUUGUACGUUUGAAAACGAUCAUGGGGGCACAGACUGUGAAGUCUGCGGAUUACCAUUGUAAAU